AUGACUUUUUUAAAAUAUUUAUUAAUUCUUUGUACUAUUUUUUUAAUGGUUACAAAUUCCUUGUCUGAAGAAAUUGAUAAAGAAUUUAAUAUUAAACCAGAAGGUAAUUUAGAUACUGUUGAAUUAGUUUUAGAAAAUUAUAAAUGUAUUUUUAGUUUUGCUGCAACAGGAGGAACAAAUGAAAAUUGGAAAAUAUUUUUAACAACUGAAAAUGGUGUAGCAACAUGUUUUAUUGGUAGACCAAAACCAAUAUCUUAUUUAUUCUUUAAACAAUUUUCAGCUCAAUUAAUUAAUACAAAAACUGGAAAAUCAAAUAUUAUACCAGAAAUUAGUGACAACUCUGGUAUAAUGCCACUUGGUGAUCAAUACAUUUUAACCUCUGAUAAUAAAGUUGUACAAUCAAAUAAUUUCGCUGGAAAUUUAGCAUUUUUAGUUUUAAAUUCUGAUAAAUAA